AUGUGACAAAACCGCGCGUAUAGUGUUGGGAGGCGGGGCCUGGAGACGGAGCUUCGCGGAUCGCGCGUCAGUGUGUUCCAGAUACCAACCACUAUCUCAAAUCACCUUUAAAGCUGCUUCCUCUGCCCUUGAACUGGUGCCCUCUUGUUUUUGAUACCUCUAGUGUGGGCUGAAGCACCAUGCGGCUCUACCUUCUGUUUCUCCUCCUCGUGCAGGGCUGUGGCCUUGUUGUUGGCAAGUUCGAUGACUUUGAUGACACGGAUGACAUUGUAGAGUACGACGACAAUGACUUUGCAGAGUUCGAAGACGCAAACGAAGAUGCCGCCGAGGAGGUCCUGCAGAAAGUCACUACUGUACAAGAUGACGAGGAAGAGGCAACUGUGGAGCUGGAGGAUCAGGAGGAUUUUGAGGACCCAGACACAGUAGGAGAAGGAGAUGCAGAAGGAGAGCCGUUCGAUGAUGAAGAAUUUGAAGGUUAUGAGGAAGCAGACAGACCUUCCAGCAGAAGCAAAGAUCCAAUUAAAAUCGUUAAUGUUCCUCAUCAUCUACAGAACAGCUGGGAGAGCUACUACCUGGAGAUUCUGAUGGUGACAGGCCUUUUGGCUUACAUCAUGAACUACAUCAUAGGCAAAAACAAAAACAAUAGACUGGCUGCUGCUUGGUUCAACUCUCACAAGGAACUGCUGGAGGGUAACUUUUCUCUAGUUGGGGAUGAUGGGGUUAAUAAGGAACCCACCAGCACAGGGAAGCUGAACCAGGAAAAUGAGCACAUCUACAAUCUGUGGUGCUCGGGGAGGGUAUGUUGUGAGGGAAUGCUAAUUCAGCUGAAGUUCUUGAAACGGCAGGAUCUCCUGAAUGUACUUGCAAGAAUGAUGAGACCUGCCAGUGACCAAGUGCAAAUCAAAGUAACCAUGAAUGAAGAAGAUAUGGACACCUAUGUAUUUGCCAUUGGGUCACGGAAGGCCAUGGUCCGAAUGCAGAAGGAAAUGCAGGAUUUGAGCGAGUUCUGCAGUGAUAAGCCCAAGUCAGGGAUUAAGUUUGGGCUUCCUGAUUCGCUCUCUAUCCUGUCUGAAAUGGGUGAGGUCACAGAAGGUAUUUUGGACAAUAGGAUGGUGCACUUCCUUUCAAAUCACGCCGAUAAGAUAGAGUCUGUUCAUUUCUCGGACCAGUUUUCUGGGGUGAAAAUUAUGCAAGAAGAGGGUCAACCCCUCAAGCUGCCUGACACUAAAAAGACACUACUGUUUACAUUUAAUGUGCCUGGAAUCGGCAACACUUAUCCAAAGGACAUGGAGUCCUUGCUACCAUUAAUGAAUAUGGUUAUUUACAGCAUUGACAAAGCAAAGAAGUAUCGUCUCAACAGAGAGGGUAAGCUGAAAGCUGAUAAAAAUCGUGCUCGUGUGGAGGAGAACUUUCUGAAGAUGACGCAUACACAGCGUCAGGAAGCUGCUCAGAUUCGCAGGGAGGAAAAAAAACGGGCUGAAAAAGAAAGAAUUAUGAAUGAGGAGGACCCAGAAAAACAACGCAGGCUUGAGGAGGCCGCUCUCCGUCGAGAGCAGAAGAAACAAGAGAAGCGGCAGAUGAAGAUGAAACAGAUCAAAGUGAAAGCAAUGUAGAACCACCAAAUAACCAGGGGCUGGGAAAGGUGGGCUGCUUUCUGGAGACAGCAGACCACAUCAAAUUGAAAUGUUUGAUUUUAUUGAAAAAAAAAACUCAGGGCACUCAAAAGUUGGUUCUGCAGUUUUUACAACCUGUUCCGUAUGCUGUUCUUGGACAAUCUUGAGUAGUUUACUCUUCUUUUCUCUUCAUCUACUCUUGUCCUCAAUUCUGCAUGAAAGUCUUUAUAUGUUCUAUAUGGUGCUGAGGUCAGGCAUGGAGUUUAAGCUGAUGGUUUGGGCAUUUGUGCCACAUAGCAAACAAUGGGAUUCAAGUGCUGUUGUGGAUCCCAGUUUAACCCUCUAGUUUACAGCAGACCAAAAUUGCAGAUGAUAGAUUUAUCACACUGGUACACCCUGCAUAUUCAGAGUUUUUAUUUAAUGAAGAACCUCAAACAAGUUUCAUUGAAUUUGAAUGGUCAUUAAAGACUCUUGGCAACACUGAACUGCACGGAUUAGUGUGAAAGCUAUGUGGUGGCUGUGAUCUGUUCCAUGCAAUAUGAUUGAGCAAUAUGAAUCCUGUGGAGAAUGAGGCUCCAACCCAGUGACUGAAAGCAAUUCUCAGUUGCUGGACUGGUUACUGGGCUCAGUGGUUUGGGCUGUAGUUCUAAAUCUCCUAUGUUGCUGCACUAGAGUGGCAAUGUCUGCUGGGUUUCUGCACCUGAGCAUUUUCAUUGUUCUUCUUUGCCUUCUUUACUACUUCAUGGCUUCUUCUCACGAAUUGCACUCUUGGACAUCAGACAAGGACAAGAUUAUUGUAUCUUUGCAUUAGCUUAACACAUUAAACAGGUGAUCAAAACUC